AUGUCUGGGUCAGCGAGCAACCUCCGCGAGCGCAAGCCCAACGGUGCUGCCAACGGCGCCGCUGCCAACGGCGCCAGCACCAACGGCAACGGCAAUGCCGACUCGACCGUCGCUGUCAACAUGCCUACCAUCUAUGGCCAGGCCAUGGACAAGAAGCUCGACACGCACGAGUCAUACGAGUUUGGCGGCCCCGCCGGUGUCACUGCCAUGAUGAUCGGCUUCCCGCUCAUGAUGUACUACCUGUGGAUCUGCCUGUGGUACUAUGACGGUGCGAUGGUCCACCCCACGUCGGUCGACGACAUUGUCCCCUUCCUCCAGCGCAUGUGGGCCCACUGCCUUGACGGUGCCUACCCCACUGCUUUCGCUUGGGGCACCUACCUCGGCCUCGGCGCCAUCCAGCUCUUCUUCGCCUGGGUCAUGCCCGGUGUCUACCAGAACGGUCUUCCCGUUCCCUCGCUUGGCUACAAGACCCUCGUGUACAAGUGCAAUGCCCUCUACUCGUGGUACGCUACUCUUGUCCUUGCCGGUGUUCUCCACUACACUGGCAUCUACCGCCUCCCGUGGAUCAUUGAGAACUAUGGCUCGAUCAUGACUGUCGCCAUUGCCAGCGGUGUCACUGUUUCGGCCGUCAUCGACAUCCUUGCGCGUACCUGCCACUACGGCGGUGCUCCCCUCCGCAUGUCUGGUGUCGCUGUCUACGACCACUUCAUGGGCGUCUCGCUCAACCCCCGUCUUGGCCCCGUCGACCUCAAGAUGUUCGCCGAGGUCCGCGUCCCCUGGGUCCUCCUCUUCCUCAUCUCGCUCUCCGGUGUCGUGAAGCAGUACGAGACUCUCGGCUACGUGACCUACAACAUGUGCCACAUGCUCCUCGCUACCGGUCUCUACAUGAACGCCUGCGCCAAGGGCGAGCAGAUGAUCCCCCAGACCUGGGACAUGUUCCACGAGAAGUUUGGAUGGAUGCUCAUCUUCUGGAACAUGGCUGGUGUUCCCUUCACCUACUGCUACCCCACCAUCUACAUGACUCGCUCGGACCCGGCUACGUACGAGUUCCCGCUUUGGGGCAACGUUCUCAUGCUCGUCACCCUCCUCACCUCGUACUACAUCUUCGACACCUCCAUGUCGCAGAAGUCGGCCUUCAAGAUGCAGCAGCAGGGCGAGUACAAGCCCCGCAAGGCCUUCCCCCAGCUCCCCUGGGCCGCGGUCACGAACCCCAAGUUCAUUCAGACCAAGCACGGCAACAAGCUUCUUAUCGACGGCUGGUGGCAGUACGCCCGCAAGGUGAAUUACACUGCAGACUUCAUCCAGGCCUUCACCUGGAGCGCGACCGCUGGAUUUAACACCCCCAUCACCAUGUUCUACUCGGUGUUCUUCUUCGCAGUCCUCACCCAUCGUUGUGGCCGCGACUUUGAGAAGUGUGCCCGCAAGUACGGCGAUGACUGGGUUGAGUACUGCAAGAUCGUCAAGUGGCGCUUCAUCCCUGGAAUCUACUAG